AUGCCUUCUCGACCUCUUUUCCAAGACUACCCAUGGGUAUCCUCUCCAGCGAUCAUUUCAGCUCCCAUGAGCGGAUUCGCUGGUCCAGCUCUAGCCCACGCAGUCUACAAAGCAGGCGGUAUAGGCUUUCUCGGCGGCCUCCCAGACACAAAAGCUCUCUACACAGCCCUCCAAGACGUCACAGAACUAGUGACCGGAACGCGGCUUCCACAACCCGGUGCUGAUGCUCUGCCAAUCGGUCUGGGGGCUUUGUUGUUCGCACAGAAGUUGGAUGAGGUUGUUGCGUUGGUUAAGGUGUUUCGUCCUGUGGCUGUGUGGUUGUUUGCCGCGCAUGAGUUUGCGGAUUUUAAGCGUUGGACGGAGGAGAUACGUAAGGCUAGUAAUGUGACUAAGAUCUGGAUUCAGAUUGGGAGUGUCACGGGCGCGGUCAAGUUGGCUCAGUCUUGUAAGCCUGAUGUGCUUGUACUGCAAGGUGCAGAUGCUGGUGGCCAUGGCGGCGAGAAGGGUGCAGGCAUCAUUUCUUUGAUCCCAGAGACGCUGUACGCACUGCAAAGACUCGGAUUGAAUGACGUCUCCAUCGUCGCAGCAGGCGGUAUAGCAGAUGGCUCUAGUGUGGCCGCAGCCUUGACACUAGGCGCAGACGGCGUGGUCAUGGGCACCAGAUUCCUCGCUGCCGAAGAAACAACAGUACAUCCCUCCUACCAAGCCGCAAUCCUAGAAACCGAAGAUGGAGGCCAGACAACCGUACGAGCCAAAGUGUUUGAUGAGUUGGCAGGUCCAAACAUCUGGCCUAGAGAUUUCGACGGAAGAGCGUUGAUUGCCCAAAGUUAUCGAGAUCACAUUAAGGGCAUCUCGAUCGAAGAAAUCCGCAAGUCGCACGCCGAGGCGAAGCAAACAUCUCACCUUGGCUUUGAUCAAGAGAACAGAAGAGCUGCGAUUUGGGCAGGCACAGGAGUGGGCCUCGUGCGCGAGAAAGCACAUGCCUCUGAUAUUCUCACGGAAGUCCGCCAAGCUGCGAAAGUGGCACUGGAAAGAGCGAUGACGAUUAUGGGCUGA